AUGGGAUUAAAACUAUUUAUUUUCCUCGGUUUAUUCUGCGUCACCUCAGUUUUAGGUUUCGGGGUUGAUCCUGCUCUAUGCAUCAAUGUUUUCGAUGAAUUGACGCUUGGAGAGGGUUUUGAUGGAGUUACUCAAGUCCAGGGCUUCCACAGCGAGUCUCGGGCGUUCCACUUUCAAGGUUCGUCCAGGGAGGUGAAGGCUCCUGAGGAUGUGUCUGAGCGGAUGCUCCAGAAGCUGAGGGGCCGGAGGGAGUUCACCGUUGUGGUCACCCUGAAACAAGAGCACUUCAACUCUGGGGUCAUCCUCUCCAUCCACCACUCUGAACAGAGGUUCCUGGAGUUGGAGAGCAGUGGGCAGCGCAGUGAGGUGCGUCUCCACUACCGCACCAAGGGUCAGAAGGCCCACACCGAGGUGUUUCCCUACAGCCUGGCAGACGGACAGUGGCACAAGGUUUCUGUGGCUGUCAGCGCCUCCCACAUCAUACUGCACGUUGACUGCAACAGGAUCUAUGAGAGGGUGGUGGAGAUCCCAUUCAUGGACAUCCCUGAGGACACAACCUUCUGGUUAGGGCAGCGGAGCAGCGCCCAUGGCUUUUUCAAGGGUGUAAUGCAGGACGUUCAGAUAUUAGUCAUGCCUCAGGGAUUCAUCUCCCAGUGCCCAGAUCUCAACCGGACUUGCCCAACCUGCAAUGACUUCCACGGACUGGUGCAGAAGAUCAUGGAACUGCAGGAUAUCUUAGCCAAAACAUCCAGCAAGCUGUCCAGAGCAGAGGAGAUGAUGAAUGGUCUGGAUGGAUGCUACUGUGAGAGGACCUGCAGCGUCAAGGGGGUCAUCUACAGAGAGGACGAAUCAUUGACAGAUGGCUGCAGGAACUGCACAUGCACGAACGGCACGGUGCAGUGUGAGACUAUCUCCUGCCCUCCCCCUCAGUGCCCAGCGGACACCACGCCUGCCUACGUGAAGGGUGCCUGCUGCAUGGAGUGCCAACCUGUAUGCCAUUUCGGAGAAGAAGAGUUGGUGGAGGGAGAUCAGAAAGCGGUGCAUUAUAACUCUGGCAGAUGCCAGCUGUCUGAGUGCAGGGAGAGGACCAUGCAUCGGGUCGUCAUGACUAGCCCCUGUCCUGAACUCAACUGUCCAGAGUCCGAGGAGGUCACGCUCACCGACAGGUGCUGCAAAGUCUGCAGAGGUCACGACUUCUGUGCGGAGGGCCACGGCUGUGUGGAGAACUCUGACUGUAUCAACUUGGAGGCUGGGGCCUGCUGCAGCUGCAAGGACGGCUUCCGCCCGCUCCGAGAUGACAACGCAUACUGUGAAGAUAUCGAUGAGUGUGCAGAGGGGAAGCACUACUGCAGGGAGAACACCAUGUGUGUCAACACCCCCGGCUCCUUCAUGUGUGUCUGCCACACGGGUUACAUCAGGAUCGAUGACUACUGCUGCACGGAGCAUGAUGAGUGUGUGAGCGGACUGCACAGCUGCGCCCAGAAUGCCCUCUGUUUCAAUACGGUGGGGGGACACAGCUGCUCUUGUAAGCCGGGAUACACUGGCAACGGUACCAUCUGCAAAGCGAUGUGUGAUGGCCUGUGCCAGAAUGGAGGAACCUGCAUCUCCCCUAAUAACUGCAUCUGCCAGCUAGGCUUCACAGGGAAGAGCUGUGAGACAGACAUUGAUGAGUGUUUUCAUGGUUUCGUGGAGUGUGAUGACAAAGCCAUCUGUGUCAACCUGCCCGGCUGGUACCACUGCGAGUGUCGGGAUGGCUACCACGACAACGGCUUGUUCUCUACUAAUGGGGAGUCGUGCAUAGAUAUCAAUGAAUGCAAGACUGGGAGGAACACCUGUGCCAAUGACACGGUGUGCUUCAACUUAGAGGGGGGCUAUGACUGCAGGUGCCCCCACGGGAGGAACUGCACCGGAGACUGUAUUCAUGACAACAAAGUCAAACACAAUGGACAGAUCUGGGUGCUGGACAAUGAUAGGUGCUCAGUCUGCUCUUGUCAGACUGGCCGUGUGAUGUGCAGGAGGAUGGUGUGUGACUGUGAGAACCCGACAGCUGACCUGUUCUGCUGUCCAGAGUGUGACCCUCGCCUCAGCAGCCAGUGUCUGCACCAGAACGGCCUGCUGACCUACGGCAGUGGAGAGUCCUGGGUGGAGAACUGCCAGCAGUGCCAGUGUCUGCAGGGGCAGGUGGACUGCUGGCCACUGUUGUGCCCCCAUGUGGACUGUGAAUUCACGGUGGUGCCCGAGGGCGAAUGCUGUGCCCGCUGCGUCACUGAUCCCUGCCAGGCCGACACCAUACGCAACAACAUCACCAAGACGUGCAUGGACGGGCACGGCAUCCAGCGCUUUAGCGGCUCCUCCUGGGUCAAACACAGCACCGAGUGCACCCUCUGCCAGUGCAAGAAUGGACAUAUCUGUUGCUCAGUGGACCCCAUGUGCCUUUAG